ACCUCUGCUUACUGUACAGACAGUCAGUUUCUUUGAGAUUGCAUCAGUGUAACAGCAGAUUUAGUAUGGGAAGACUGUGGAAUCGGAACAUCAAAAAGGUCAUACCUGUUUAUAUGACAUUGAUACUUCUAAUGUGUGCUUUAACAGUCAUAUUUUCAAGAGUGAAUGAAGACGAUUGUUGUCUUAAUACCUUCGGGGCAACAGGAGUGUUUGACAGACAACGAUUGACAGUAAAAUAUGGCAUUAAUUGUUCUGCAAUAUAUGACAUGGAACCAGUGGAAGUGGCAAAAUCUGUAUUCAUCCGUAAAAACCAAAGCUAUGUGGGGCCAACUGAUAUGAAUAUUGUGAAUGCCUCCUCUGAUUGUGAUCGGUUUAUUACAUCAAAGGGUUAUGGUGCGGUACAAAGCUCUGAGUCUGAGCGUGUAUUUCCUCUUGCUUACUCUCUGGUCGUUCAUAAGAAUGCAGAUCUUGUGGAGAGGUUGCUAAGGGCCAUUUAUAUGCCACAUAAUGUUUAUUGCAUACAUUAUGACCUGAAGUCUUCAGAUGACUUUAUUUCAGCGAUGCAAGGUCUGGCCCGCUGCAUCCCUAACGUCUUCAUUGCCUCAAAACUGGAGAGUGUGCAGUAUGCAGGCAUCUCACGCCUCAAAGCAGAUCUUAAUUGUCUGUCUGAUCUCCUGGAGUCUGAGGUGAAGUGGAAGUAUGUCAUCAAUCUGUGUGGACAGGACUUUCCACUGCGGACCAACGCUGAACUAGUGUCAGAUCUAAAGAUGCUUAAAGGCAAGAACAUGGUAGAGACCAAGCGACCAGGAGGAAAGAAAGUGCGUUGGAGUUUCCACUAUGCUCUGAAAAAUAAGGAAUCUGAAUACUAUUCAGUUCCUAUGAAAACGUCUGAGGAGAAAUCUCCACCACCUCAUAACAUCGAAAUGUUUGUGGGCAGUGCAUACUUUACACUCUCACGGGAAUUUGCACUUUUUGUUCAGCAGAGUUCUCUAGCCAGAGAUUUCUUGGCUUGGUCUGAGGACACAUUCUCACCUGAUGAACAUUUUUGGGGAACUCUUGUUCGGGUGCCUGGAGUGCCAGGAGAGGUGCCAAGAUCAGACCCUGAAAUCUCAGAACUGAAAAGUAAAACCCGUCUGGUGAAGUGGGAAUAUUACGAAGGGAAUUUUUACCCACCAUGCACUGGUAAACAUGUACGGUCUGUGUGUAUUUAUGGUGCUGCUGAGCUCAGAUGGCUUCUUGACUAUGGUCACUGGUUUGCUAACAAAGUGGACCCAAAGGUGGAUCCUAUUCUUAUUGAAUGUUUAGAAGAGAAGCUUUUAAAAAAACAACUGAUGUUUGUAUGAUGAUAGCUGUAUUCUUUUGUUGUUAAAAAGAACUGCUACUUUUAAAAGCGUUAUGUUACAUCCCUUUUCCCUAGACUAAGCUUGGGUCGCAACAUACAUGCUUUCAUUUUUUGCACUACAGAAACUGGGAUCAAUUUACUUGGGGAACUAAAAUAGCUUUUAUACAUCGGAGUAGGGCAGGGUUCCCCAAAUCUUACCCUGGAGGGCCGGAGCACUGCAGAGUUUAGCUCCAACCCUGAUCAAAAACACCUGAGCAAGCUAAUCAAGGUCUUCAUGAUCAGACAAUCACAGGUGGGUAAGUUUGAUUAGGGAUUGAGCUAAACUCUGUAGUGCUCCGGCCCUCCAGGGUAAGAUUUGGGGAACCCUGGAGAAGGGUAUCACCAGUCCAGCACACAAACUAUCGGUGAUGUAAGUGUAUGUUUACUGGCAUACAAAACCAGCAGCAACAUUUUUAAGAAAUUUAAGCAUAAAUAAACAUGUACUUUUUAUCCUUAAUAAUAUGUAGCAGUGCAAGUUGUCAUAAGAGUCUUUCUUUUUGCUUUUUAAAAUCCCCCUGUGGUUGAUAAUUUUAUACCUUAAAACUCAUGUUUGAACAUCAUAAUAGCAUUUGUAAAAGUUUUUCCUGUAACAGUCCUUUCUUUAUGCUUUUAUACAGCUUAAAUGUAAUUUUACACCCGUGCCUCAUUUAGUAUUAAAGGAUCAAUGUCAAUCAUCCCUUCCACUACUCAAUCACACAGCUCGCACCAUAGAUAUGAAUAUGUGAAUUAGUCCCCUUCUCCACUCUUUGUUGUUCUUUUAUUUAAAGAAAAUUUUAUAUAUGGGUUAUUCAGUGUUUCUGGCACAAAUUACUAAACUUCCACAUUUAAAAAGAGCUCUGGUUGUUAUGUUUAUAAAGUAUUGAAAAAAACUCAUAUACGCUAUUUACCUGUUAUAUAUUUAUUAUUUAAAGUUUUUAAUGAUAAUAUUUUGAAUUUAAAUGAAACAUUAAGUUUUUGACGUGCUGUACAGUCCAUUUUAAAGAACUGGGCUGCGUUCCCCGAAACCUUCUUAGCUCUACGUCGUUCUUAAGUUGUACCUUAAGCUGUACCUUAUCGUUAAUACGUGUUUCCCGAAACGUUCUUAGUUACGUAUCACUUCUGUAAGUCGUUCGUUCGGAAGGUUGGUCUGGAGCACUCUUAGCUAUACCUUAUCCCACUU